AUGAGACAACGCCAACCAUUCAAUGCAGUCUAUGACACCGAGGAAGAACUGUUCCUCGGAGCAUGCGACAGUAGAGGAGCCGGCGGCAUCGGCGUUAUCGUCAACAUGAGCUUGUCCAUGAACAUCGGUUCACUCGAACAACUAACAACCCGAAUCGGACGUUUACGAUUAAAAAGAUCUGCAUCAAUGCCGGAUUUGACAAUCAUUGCCGCUUAUGUGCCGACAUCAAACUAUGACGGAAAAGAAGUCGAAGCGUUCCAUAUGGACUUGGAGAGCCUCCACAGAGAAGACCAUACAUUCAUUAGGGUCAUUGGAGAUUUUGACGCUGAGAAUGCGUUACUACUUGUGGAUGAGGUGGCGACGGCCGUACCAAGAGAAUGCGGUCACUGUUGCAAGUUGACAGCGCGUCUGCUUCCGCUUCACUCACAGGGCGCUGCAGAGCGGGAAAGACUCGUUCAAACGCUCACUGACCAUUUCAGUGCGAUUCAAAUGCCAAUCGAUUUGGUAGCUCGUGGCGACACAUAUUUUAAGAAGAAAAAACUUUUCCACGUGUUGAACAACGUGAAAAGUGUUCCGGUAAUGGUAGAAUGGAAGUUGUUAAUCGUGCUUGAGAAACCAUUCAAGGAAGGGGUACAUGCAAUUAUAGCGAUUGCCGAUGAGCUUGUCGGGAUUUUCAAUCCUGAGGAAUCGUACAAUUAUCGCAAGAAGAUGUCUGACCCUCGUUUAUGA